UUUAGUUAGAUAUUAAAAAAACGUUUCUUUCUCACAAUAAACCACUUGUUUUUUCUUCAAACCCCAAAACGGGUCUAUCCCUGCACUUGACAGAAUCAGAGAAAUAAUAAUGUUUGAAUUUUUGAUUAAUAUUACAGGGAGUUCUUCCAACAACGCAUUCCCACGUUGACCAGUAAGGAUUCCGUGUGACCAUUUUAAUUCUAGCCUUUACAAAUCUUUGAUGAAAAAUUAAUCCAAUCUAACUUUCACUUAAUAGAAAGCCACGCCCGUUCCCAAAUUAAAAAAAUCCUUCAGUUGUAACUAUAAAAGCAAAAAGUCCCCCACUUUGAACGUCUGUCCACAAUGCCCAGUAUAAUCGACAUUAGCUUCAAAUUUAACUUAAAAGUCCUGCGUAUUUCUGGUCUUUAUCUACCAGAAAAAUUCAAGUCCUUGUACCAAAUAUACAGCUACCUUGCUUAUUUUUUACUCGUAAUACCGGUACCAAUUUUGGAAUGUACGAAUCUCCUAGUGCAAGAAAAAAUCACUUUUAGACAAAUUGCCGAUAGUGCGUUUCUAAUCGCAGAACUGGGCUGUUUCAUUCCAAAAAACUGGCCUUUUGUGCGCCAUGCAGACCGCCUUAAACGGUGCAUCCACUACUUCAGUGCCCCAAUUUUCAAAACUAAGCGAAAAGAACACGAGGAAAUUCUGCAAGAUUGUAUCAAAGUUUGCCACCGAAGUACAGCAUUCUACUUCGCUUCGGUCACUGUUGGGUUUUUUUCUUGGGCAAUUAGGCCAAUUUCGUGGAAAAAUCAUAUUUUCCCAACUGAUAUCUGGCUGCCGUUUGACCCACACACAGCGUCAAAAGUACAAGUUGCCGGUGUUUACUUUUAUUUGGUUUUGGGUAAAGGGUUCAGUUCGAAAGUGCUCAAAUUUUGGUUUAAUUUCAGCUGUGGGUAUGAUGCUUUUACCAGCACAGUGAUAGACACGCUAGUGCCUUGUUUGGCGUAUCAAGCCACAACUCAGAUUAAAAUACUCAAAAAUAACUUGCAGUUUUUGGGUGAAUAUGUGGACGAGGAGCUGGCAACUCAAAUGCACAGUUUAUCCCCUUCAGAAAAAACGCAACUUACGUACCAAAAAAUCAGACAAUGUGUUAUUCACCACAAACACAUUUUAGCAUUUGUAAAAGAAUAUGAAGAAUGUUUUUCUCAAGUUGCUUUUAGCCAGUUUAUAGGAAGUGUGGUCAUUUUUUGUGUUUCUUGUUUGCAAUUAACCAUAGUCGAUGUAGUAAGUUUAGAUUUUUUGGCGAUGAUGAUGUAUCUAAUUGCAACGCUGAGUGAGGUCUACCUUUACUGUCAUUUUGGAACAGUUCUUUAUCACGAGAGUAACACCAUUAGCGAAGCCAUUUAUUUAAGUAAAUGGUACGAAUUCGACAUAAAGUCCAAGAAAGCGCUAUCCAUUUUAAUGGAACGUUUGAAAAGGCCAAUGAUUAUUAAAUGCGGAAAAAUUUUGGAUAUGUCAUUCAUCACAUUCACAAUGGAUGUUUAA